ACCGAUGCGAUUAUAUACACUGUCCAAACGGCAUUUUGUUCUGGUCUUUGUAGUAUUCUUUGUUUGUUUUGGUCUGACAGUCUUCAUAGGAAUAGCAGGUCCUAAUGUAAUUGAAACUUCUGUGGCAAGAACUGACUUAAAUAACACCCUAAAGCUGAAGCCAUUUAAUUUAAGUUCGCCACCACUGUCUACUUACAAUCAGCAGCUGUGGCUGACCUGCGUAGUUGAGUUGGAUCAGCAUGAUGUAUCCCUCAAAAAGAAUGUUACUAUGACAGUCAAAGUACUUGGGGUGGUGAAGGAUGGAAGCACACCGUAUGUUAAUAAUCAAGUUCACAAUCGGACAAGAUUACUCAGUUGUGCACAAAAAUGCAGUGAAAUCAUUGUUGCUCACCUUGGCUACCUGAACUACACUCAGUACAACAUAUUUGUUAGCUUUGAAGAUCUAAAUAAGUUAACGUACACCAUUCAGAAUAUUACUUUCACAUGGAAGACCUACAAUCCAACUUUUUCACAAGUGGAAAUAUGGUUCCGAUUUGUCUUUGUAGUUCUUACGUUUGUCGUCACGUGUCUGUUUGCACAUUCCCUGCGGAAAUUCUCCAUGAGAGACUGGGGUAUUGAACAGAAAUGGAUGUCCAUCCUCCUUCCCCUCCUGCUACUUUACAAUGAUCCAUUUUUCCCCCUUUCUUUUCUGGUGAACAGCUGGUUUCCUGGAAUGCUGGAUGAUCUAUUCCAGUCACUGUUUCUGUGUGCAUUGUUGUUGUUCUGGCUUUGUGUCUACCAUGGUAUAAGAGUACAGGGGGAAAGGAAGUGCUUAACUUUCUAUCUGCCCAAAUUCUUUAUUGUUGGACUGUUGUGGCUGGCCUCUGUUACAUUGGGAAUAUGGCAAACUGUUAAUGAAGUACAUGAUCCUACAUAUCAAUACAGGGUUGACACAGGUAAUUUCCAGGGAAUGAAAAUCUUCUUCCUUGUGGUGGCAACCACAUACAUUCUCUACCUUUUGUUCCUGAUAGUGAGGGCAUGCUCAGAACUUCGUAACAUGCCUUAUGUUGAUCUCAGGUUAAAAUUCUUGACUGCAUUAACCUUUGUAGUGCUUGUCAUUAGCAUUGUUAUACUCUACCUACGCUUUGGAGCACAAGUUCUACAGGACAACUUUGUUGCUGAGCUGUCAACUCAUUAUCAGAAUUCAGCAGAAUUCUUAUCAUUUUAUGGUUUAUUGAACUUUUAUCUCUACACGUUAGCCUUCGUGUAUUCCCCCUCAAAGAAUGCACUAUAUGAAUCACAGUUGAAAGACAAUCCUGCUUUUUCUAUGCUGAAUGAUUCAGAUGAUGAUGUGAUUUAUGGGUAAGAUUAUAAAAUACCUAUGGAGAGUUACUUUUGUUGUGUUAUUUUUGUAGUGUUCUUUUCCAUAUUCAUAAAAUAAGGAUUUGUAGGUUGUUAGUGAAAGUAUUCUGCCUAAAGAACAGAAACAUAGCCUUAUUCUCUAAACAGAAAUGCAGUGAGAAUGCACAUUAUUUUUUCUUUUUUUGGUUUCUAAAAGGGAUUGCCAUGGCACUGAUACAAACAGGUAAGAAAGUAUUAGGAUGCUGGUAGGUCAUGGAAUGAAGGCAGCAAGAGCUGUGAAAGGAAAGGACUUCCUUUAAAACUGGGCAGGAUUGCAGGAGUCAGGUGGAGUUAGCAAAGAGGCAGCUCAUAUGUAAAUGCUUCAGGGAAGGAGAAUGGCUCUUCUUAAGUGCUCAUCACUUACUGAAAUAAGAAUAAUCAAAUCUAGCAAAACUUACUGGACUUGUGUGAGUUUAUGUAAUAUGAGAAUUGUAGUAGCACUUAAGAGCCAUACUGGUCAGGUGUGUCUGUGCUAGACAUUGAAUGAACUCAUGAUCUGCCCUUGAUGUUUUCACCUCUUACGAAAGACACCGAAGUGGCUGGAACAGUGAGGAUGGGUUAAUACUGCAGUCACCUGAAGAAGUUUGUGCUAAACUAGCUGUAUGCAUUGUCUGAGAUAGCUUGCCUUUGUUUAGUUAGAUGAGUAGUGGUAGUACCAGCUUGCUUCUAUACUCUAUACGAAUCCUUGUGAAAAGUGGCUUGUAGUUACUGGAAUAACUUUUAUUAUGCAUCACCCUCUGGAGAGAAGUCAUAUAUGUUGUCCAUAUCCCCAACAAGGAAGGAAAACAGAUACCAGCUUCUAAAUAACAAUUUGAAGCCUCAGUGUAGUUUAGAACUUUCCUGUUUAUGUUGGGCUUUCUAUCUAAACAUCACGUUCAGAAGUUUUAACAAGAUCUGUUUCACAGGAGUGACUAUGAAGAAAUGCCACUUCAGAAUGGCCAAGCUAUUAGAGCCAAGUAUAAAGAGGAAUCGGACA